GGCUCUCGCUCGCGGACAAGACGGUCAUCUUCAGCUCCAGCUCCCGCACCACCAAGAGGGUCCAGAAGGCGCUGCGAGCAAAGAACCUCUCGGCCCAGGCCGCCACGGAGGGCAGGGACCUAGGCGUCGACAGAGGCGCGAAGGGCACGCUGAGGAGGGCCACGCACAGGAAGCGGACGCUGAGCGCGUUCGCACGCUGUGGCGCAGUGGGCCUGAAGUUGAGGAGGCCGCAGCUGAGGGGGAGAAGAGGCGUACUUCACCAAGGUGCAGUCGCGUCCUACAUGUACGGCACGACAGCGCACGGCAUGGCCCCUUGGGCGAGGCAGAAGGCGUGGCGCAGGCAUGCGCAGGCGCUUAGGCGCCCGUGGCCAGGCAGGUGCAUCACCACGUUCCUGGCGUUGGAGGGAGCAGACCCCGCGAUCACGUCGGUGAAGGCGCAGCUGAAGACUUGGUUCGAAGUCUGGGCCAGGAGCCCCGACAUCAGGAAUCAGGUCAAGCGCGCGUGGCCGAAGAUCUACUUCCAGCUGCUAAAGCUCAGAGCGGAGAAGAGGUGGCGAGCUCGAAAGGGGCCGCUCGCCAGCCUUAUCCCCCUGCUGUGGGAAGUGGGCUGGGGCCCCAGAGGGCCAGACAUCUGGAUCGACAGAAACGGCGACUAUUGGAAGUUCAGCACCGAGGGCCAUGGCGGCGACUACACGGAGAUAGUAGACGCGUUCUUGCAGGAAAUCCAGGACCAGCUGUGGGGGAGAGCCGCGCAGCACCACAACGGGGGAGGGCUACAGCACGGCGCAGACGUGACGGACCUUAAGAAGCACCUCGGGCAGCUCGCGAAGAAAGAACACCGCGGCACCUGCGGCGCGCUCCUCGCAGCGGCGUGCGCAGGUACCUGGGCGCGAAGACGGAAGCACGAGACCUUCGGCGGCGAGGAGGUCAUGUGCGAAUGCGGGAGGCCCGAGGAUGACGAGCACAGGAUCUGGGGCGACUGCGCCGCCAGGGGAGACUGCGAGGCCAUCCGCAAUACCGAGGGCCCGGCGAGCAGGGCGCACGUCGGAGCCAAGGAGAACCCCGCGUUCUGGCUGAGGGGCGUCACGCCGAAGAAGUGGUCCACGCCCCCGAAGUGCGACACCAAGCACAUCGAGCACGCCACGGGCGCCUGCGUCACCCCAGGCAGGCUGCGUGCAAGUGAAGGCGGCGAGCUCGCAGGCUGCGGCGACGGCUCAGGAGGCGAGUACAGCGCUGACGAGAGGUGCUGCAGAUGCGGCUGGGGCUGGGUGCUGCUACACGAAUGUGAAGACACCGACGGGAUAGCGGGCGCCCGAUUCGGCCCGCUGCCAGGACCGAGACAGACCAACAAUAGAGCGGAGCUCUUCAGCCUGAUCAGCUUCGUCAACUCGACAGAGGGCAAGGUCAGCUUCUGGGCGGACAGCGAGGUCACGUGCACAGGCUGGGCUGCGAGGCGCGAGGAGACCACGGGGCUCGGCUGCAUCGACGGCGACCUGUGGCAUCAGCUCGGCGAGGCGAUUCGCGGGAGAGGCGGCGACCGCAGCGACGCCAGCGCGCACCACCUCAACAGCCACAUGGCGGAGCAGGAGGCCAGAGAGAAAGGCAUCGCACGGCGAGUCUGGGCAGGCAACAAGGCGGCGGACGAGCGCGCAGCGGCAGGCGCGAGGACCCGCGCGAUCAGCGACACCGAGAUGAGCUGCUACGAGUGGGCGAGGGCGACGGCGCACUUAGUCAGGCAGAGGAUCGCAGCCACCACGAAGGCCAAGCGGAGGAGGCAGGAGACGCUGCGGAAGAAGGACCUGCUCGGCGACGACCACCAGCGAAGGCCCGCCUCACAGCACGUCGUGAAGCGGGACCGUCGGGGCACAGGCUGCACGUGCUUCUGCUGCUGGGAGUCGGUCAGCAGCGCUACCGCGGCGAAGGCCAUGCAUGGAUGGCUGACGCAGACCUGCAGCGGACCUCCGCCCCCGACGGCACUCACGGUCACAAAGUGCGGAGUCGAGUCGCACCCCGCGCACAAGCUGAGGCGGCUCAGGAGGCACAACCGAUGGUUCUGCGAGAACUGCGGAGGCGCCGCCACUGAGCUGAUCGCCAAGAAGCUGCAGGAGCCCUGCUGCGGACACACGGCGUGCGACAGCGGGCGCUACAGGCUCCAGCGCUGGCUGAAGCAAGCGGUGUGCGAGAGGGGCACUUGCGACAUGCCCGCCGAGGAGAGCACCGAGGAGGGGCCCCAAGCAGAGGAGCAGGAGGCGGCCAGCAGCAGCCGGAGCACGGAGGCGACGCUGCGAGCGCAGAGGCAGAGGCUAACGCAGGCGAGCCAGGCCUUCCCCCCGCCUCUGAACGCCCCAGGUGUGGCCAGGGGCCCCGCGAGGCGGGAUAAUGGGUGGAGGGCCGAGCUGGCCGGGCGCAGGGCGGAGAAGGAGGAGGCUGCAGCGAGGGCGCGAGGCGCCGCGGCGGCAGAGGAACAGGGGGCGGCCAGCGGCAGCCAGAUCACGGAGACCGACGCGGCGGGGGGCGCAA